AUGUCCUCGAUGGACGGCGACGCCAGCGACGGCGCCCGUGCCGGUGGCGGCGGCGCCGCCGCCGCGGACCGCUGCUUCACGCAGCUCCAGGACAUGCCGCUCGCGUCCGAGGUCUCCCUCUGCUGCUGGUGCCCCACCAUGGACCUCUGCGCGGCCGUCAGCGCCGACGGGCAGCUGCACCUCCACCGAUUAAACUGGCAGCUGCUGUGGGCCGCCGUCCCCGACUCCCAGAUCACGGCGGUCGCCUGGCGGCCCGACGGGAAGCUGCUCGCUGCGGGCCACAAGGACGGCAGCGUCUCCCUAUAUGACGUCGAGAGCGGGGAGGUCCGCGGGCGUCGCAAGGCGCACUACGCGGCAGUGGCACAGCUGGCGUGGCUGGAGGAGGCGCCACCACCCCCUACGGCCGGCGGAGGCGGCAAGCACAGGCCGCGGGCUGGGCGCCAGCAGCAUAGCAGUGAUUUUGAGGGCGAGGGGAAGGAGGAAGAUGAGGACGCCGACCUUGAUUUUGAGGACAGGGAGGAGGAGGCCGGCAGUUGGGGCGCCAGGCCGCAGCCGCCGCUGCGCCACAAGCAGCUGUUCCUCCCGCCCGGCCCCUGGCCGCCCGACGCCACCGGCGGCGCCGGCGCCGGCGGCGCGGCGCAACAGCAGCAGGGCCAGGCGCCGGGUGCCGGCGGGGCCGCCGCCGCCGGUGGCGCGGCCGCAGCGGGGGACCCCUACUCAUGGAUACUCCAGCAGUCGGCGGCGGAGCAGCAGGGGCUGGACGGGCCCGCUGGCGGCGGCGAUGCGUGGCCGGCCGAGCCUGGGAGCCUGGACCUACUUUUUGUGGCAGACUCUCGCGGCCGCGUCAGCGUCUGGGCCCACGGCGAC